GAACAAGGGAAGCAACUUUCGAGAAAGCUAAGCUGAGCUGAGCUAAGAAAAUAAACAAGACCGUUAGUGUAACAAAAAAACAUUUCAUAAUUCAGGGGAUAUUCAAUUCCUGUUCCUGCUUGCGUUUGCUUGUAACAUUUCUCAAAGGAGAAAAAGGAAAAACUACAAUUAAUUUGUUUAUUUAUAAACAAAACUAUUUGACAAAUAAGCAGAGAAGGGAGAUGGGUGAGGUGGCAGUUACGACGUCGUCAAUAAUGCACAAUUACCCUCUCGUUUCCGCCAUUGUUGCUUUUGUCAUCGCACAAGCAAUCAAGUUUUUCACUACCUGGUAUAAGGAAAAAAGAUGGGAUCCGAAGCAACUUGUUGGAUCUGGUGGAAUGCCUUCUUCCCAUUCAGCUACUGUCGCAGCUCUUGCCGCCGCAAUAGGGUUCCAUGAAGGCUUUGGAGGACCUCUUUUUGCGACUGCUUUGGUUCUAGCUUGUAUUGUGAUGUAUGAUGCUACUGGUGUAAGAUUGCAAGCUGGACGCCAAGCAGAGAUUUUGAAUCAAAUCGUGUUUGAACUUCCUGCUGAACAUCCUCUAGCUGAAAGCAGACCACUCCGGGAACCACUUGGGCAUACACCCCCUCAGUGGUAUCAACAGCAAGGUUACGAAACCUGGAGGCUAAGCACAAGUCGAUCAAGAAAAGAUAGCUGACGUGAUACAUAGCAACCUACCUGUGUUUGACGGAAAGGGGUUCAAUGAUUGGUGUGUAAAAAUGGAUGCUAUUCUUGGAUUUCAAGAAGUGAACGAGAUAGUCAAGAAAGGCUUCAAAGAACUGUUGAGAGGAGAUACAGAAGAAGCAAAGCGACAACACAAGGAGAAUAAAAGAUUGGAUUGCAAGGCUCGAAUGCUAUUGCAUCAGUGUGUGUCGGCUGCUAUCUUCCAGAAGGUUUCGAAGGCAGUCAUGGCGAAGGAGGUCUGGGACAUCCUGCAAGAGGGCUAUGGCAAUACGGGCAAAGUCAAGAAGAUCAGGCUACAAUCUCUUCAGAGACAAUAUGAACUCCUAGGCAUGGGAGAGCAAGAAUCAGUUGUUGAGUACAUCGAAAGGAUACAAGUGGUGGUAAACGCCAUGAGAGCGUGUGACAAGGUUGUGAAAGAUAGGAAAAUCGUGGAGAAAAUCCUCAGAACGUUAACUUCGCAGUAUGACCAUAUAGUUGUGGCCAUAGAAGAAUGUAAAGAUCUUGAGAAUAUGAGAGUCGAAGAACUGCAGAACUCUCUGGAGGCACAUGAACAAAGACUGAUCGAAAGAAGAAAUGCUGAAAAAGAGGUAAGUCAGAAUUCUAAUCAAGCCCUAUACACCAGAAGUAAUUACAAACCUAGAGGACGAGGAACUGGAAGAGGUAGAGGCCGAUCACGGGGAGGUCGAACUGGAGGCAGAAAUACAACUGUCCAAGAUCAAAGUGUUCAAGAAGUUGGUAGCGAGCACAAAGAUGGAAACAAGGGAGGUGGAAGACAGUCAAGAGGUAGAGGCAGGAAAGGUUUUAACAAGAAGAAUGUUCAGUGUUACACGUGCAAUAAGUUUGGGCAUUACUCUGCGGAGUACUGGCACAAUGAAGUGGCAAAGAAAAAUAAGAAUGAUGAGGCAGCAAAUCUUGCUCAAGACUCAUGUGACUCAGAGUCUGAUCAUGUAUUGUUGAUGAACAUUACCGAACGGGUGCUGACAGAUGAUGAAAGCGAAUGGGUGCUAACAGAUGACGAAACCGAAUGGGUGCUGACAGAUGAUAAAACCGAACGGGUGCUAACAGAUGAUGAAACCGAACGGGUGCUGACAGAUGAUGAAACCGAACGAUCGUCUAUUGAACGAUCGUUGCUGGGAGUUAACGAAGAAACCAAACGAUCGUUGCUGUUGAAUGAAUCGAGAAUAUACAAAAACCGAGCGGGUGUUGAAGAAGACCGAACGGGUGUUGACAAUCGGAUGUCGUCUUCAGACCGAACGGGCGUUGAGGAAAUCGGACGGCUGUUUUUGUUCAACCGAACGGGAGCUAAUGGAGAAACUGGACGGUUGUUUAACCAAACGGUCAUUAAUAAAGAAACUGGACGAGCGUCGCACAAGUGCGAACGAGCGUUGUACAGGUGUCAAGAACUGGAACACGUGUUGAUGUCUGUCGAUGCGAGCCAUGCAUAAGACGAUAACUAUUGGUACUUAGAUACAGGAUGCUCUAACCACAUGACAGGCAAGAGGGAAUGGCUGAUAGACCUGGAUACGAGUGUCAGAAGCAGCGUGAGAUUUGCCGACAACAGCGUGAUCAUGGCUGAAGGGACUGGAAAAAUCCUAAUCACACGCAAGGAUGGCCGAUCGGCUUACAUGAACAACAUGCUGUAUGUUCCAAAUAUGAAGAGCAAUUUACUGAGUCUGGGACAACUCCUAGAGAAAGGAUACACGAUGACCAUGCAUCAAAAGCAUAUAGAGGUGUUUGAUGGAAGAAAACGACUCGUACUUAAAGCACCGCUGGCCAGAAAUAGAACCUUCAAGGUGAACCUCAGUGGCACAGCUGUUCAAUGUUUAUCUGCUGUUAAUACCGAGGAAGAAGUGUGGUUAUGGCACUAUCGUUAUGGACAUCUAAACUUCAGAAGCUUGGGUCAAUUGAAGAAUAAAGAGUUGGUGAAAGGUGUUCUUGAGAUUUUUCCACCGAAGAAGGUUUGUGAAGGAUGUGUCGUUGAGAAGCAGACUAGGAAACAGUUCAAGAAGUCAGCACACAAGAGAGCAAAGCAAACUCUUGAAGUGGUUUAUUCUGACGUGUGCAGACCCUUCGAACAAGAAUCAAUCGGAGGUAAUAAAUAAUUUCUUCUCUUUGUUGAUGAAUGGACCAGAAAGAUCUGGAUUUAUUUGAUUAAGGAAAAGAAGGAUGUUUACUCGUGUUUUGUCAACUUUUGUACCAUGGUGGAGAGACAAUCCGGUCUACAUAUCAAGACCCUCAGAACUGAUGGUGGAGGAGAAUUCAACUCCCACGAAAUGAAUAGGUUUUGCAGUGAUAAUGGUAUAGUGCAUGAAGUGAUAGCUCCAUAUACCCCCCAACACAAUGGUCUGGCUGAACGGAGGAGCAGGACACUGCUCGACAUGAUCAGAUGCAUGAUAAAGGGCAAGAGAUUACCACACUACCUUUGGGGGGAAGCUGUAUCAACAACAGCGUAUCUACUAAACAGAAGUCCCACGAGAGCUUUAGCAAAUUGCACACCAGAAGAAGCCUGGUCAGGUAUUAAGCCAUCUGUAAAUCACUUGAAAAUUUUUGGUUCAGUAUGUUACAGGCACAUUCCAGACGCAAGAAGGAAGAAGUUGGAUGACAAAAGCGAAACUUUUGUCUUCAUUGGGUAUCACCCCACAGGCACGUACAAGCUAUACAGCCCUGAGAACAAACAAAUUGUGAUAAGUAGAGAUGUGAUUAUAGACGAGGGAGCCACAUUCGAAUGGAGAAAGACCGAGACAAAUCAGAAAUCUGAAGCUGAGACAAACAAGAAGUCUGCAAUUGUUCCAAGCUGGCUAAAAGAUAGCACUUCUAGUGGUGUUGAACAGGCUGAGAAAUGUGAUGAGGUCAAUAGCAGAGGAUCACAAAGGAUGAGAUUUCCUUCCUCAAGGCUAGCUGAUUAUGAAGUUUUCGCUGACAGUGACAAUGCAGAUCUUGGUGGUCAAGCACAUCUCGCAUUCCUAGCUGAUGCAGAAGCUAUUCCCUGGAAACAAGCGCUUGAUAUAAAGGAGUGGAGAGAAGCCAUGAUUGAAGAGCUAAAUGCCAUUGAAAGAAACAGAACUUGGGAAAUGGUAGAUUUACCUGAACAUAAACAGGCUAUUGAAGUAAAGUGGGUCUUCAAGACCAAGUAUAAACUGAACGGUGAAGUUGCAAACUUCAAAGCGAGACUCGUAGCAAAGGGAUUUUUGUAGAAACCAAGAGUGGAUUUCACAUACGUGUUUGCACCAGUCGCAAGGCUUGAGACUGUGAGGUUAGUAGUAGCAGUAGCUUGUCGUAAGAACUGGAAAAUAUGUCAGCUAGAUGUAAAAUCAGCUUUCUUAAACGGUCCACUGAAGGAGGAGGCUUAUGUAAGACAACCACCUGGAUUUGAGAAGAAGGGUGAAGAACAUAAGGUCUAUAGGUUGAACAAAGCCUUGUAUGGGUUGAGGCAAGCACCACAAGCCUGGAAUAAUCAUAUCAACACAUUGCUUCUGAAACUGGGUUUUCUGAAAAGUUCUGUGGAGUCCGGAGUGUAUAUAAAGUCUGCAGCACAGCAGAAUACUUUGUUGGUCUACUUAUACGUUGAUGAUCUUCUUGUAACUGGAGACUCUGAAUCGGCAAUCGAAGGAUUUAAGCAAAGAAUGAGAGAAGAGUAUGAUAUGACCGACUUAGGAAGACUGAAUUAUUUUCUCGGAUUGGAGUUUGUUGAAACAGCAAACGGAGUCUUCUUGCAUCAAAAGAGGUAUAUCAUUGAAGUGCUGAAACGUUUUAAUAUGGCAGAUUGCAAUAGCACAAUAGUUCCUGUCAUUGCUAAUCUGAAGUUGACAGAGCAACGAGAUGAGAAAAAGGUGGAUGCUUCAUUGUAUAAACAAAUUAUAGGAUCCUUGAGAUACAUCUGCAAUAGCAGACCAGACAUAGGCUACGGGGUUGGAUUAUUGAGCAGAUUCAUGAAUGAAUCUAGACAAUCUCAUAUGUCAGCAGCUAAACAUGUUUUAAGAUACUUAAAAGGAACAAUUCACUAUGGUCUCGUGUUCCCAAAGAUGACGAGCAGCAUGGGGAGCACUCUGGAAGUUUGGAGCGACUCUGACUGGAGCGGAGAUCAGGUUGAUAGAAGGAGCACUUUCGGGUACUUCAUUAAAUAUGCAGGAGCACCUAUCUCCUGGUGUUCUAAAAAACAAGGCGUGGUGGCACUUUCCUCGUGUGAAGCAGAGUAUAUAGCUUCUGCAGAAACGACGUGUCAGUGCGUGUGGUUGGAGGCACUUCUUGGAGACUUAAAACUGGAAUGCAGAAUACCCAUACAGAUGAUGGUUGAUAACAAAUAUGCAAUCAGCCUGUUGAAGAAUCCGGUAUUUCACGGAAGGAGCAAGCAUAUUGGUACAAAGUUUCACUUCUUGAGGGAUUUGGUAAACCAAGGGAGGAUUGAGUUACUGCACUGCUCUACUGGAGUUCAGAUUGCAGACAUCUUCACAAAAGCUCUUAGACAAAGUAGAUUUGAAAAACUUAGAGAUAUGUUAAAUGUAAAAUGCUAUAGCAGUUUGGUUUAAGGGGGGUAUAUUGUAGUAAACUAAACUACUAUAACCGUCUCAUAACUGUUUGUGUACGUGCCUAUGCACUACAUAUAUUCAUCUCUUCAUUCAAUAAUAAAUUUACUUUUCUGUUGCUGUUU